GCAGACAGUUUUCAUUAAUUCUUACAAAAACAUGCCAAAAAGGAAAUUAAGUCGCGCUAUUUAUCUUCAUUCACUUGAAGACUCUGAUGAAGAACUACUUGUAAGACCUCGUAAACCACGAGUAUACCAAACCAGACCCAACUUUCUCGAGGAAAUGGAAGAUGAUGAGUUUAUAAAUAAAUUCCGGAUUUCAAAGGCUACUUGCUCACUUCUGUUACAAAAAAUAGGAAAGAAGAUGGAGCAUCUAACAACUAGGAGCUAUGCCCUGAGUCCCGAGGAUAAACUGUUACUGGCACUACGAUUCUAUGCCUGUGGAAACUUUUUAAUAGCCGUUGGAGACUUUUGCAAGAUGAGCACAUCCUCCGCGUGUCGGGCGAUAAAGGAAGUUUCCCUUAACAUAGCCGCACUGUCCAGAGAAUACAUCAUGUUUGGAGAGCCCCGUAAAGUCAUAGAGGAUUUUCAAAAAAUAUCCAAGUUCCCAAAUGUGAUGGGGGCUGUCGGCUGCACUCAUAUAAGGAUUAAAUCCCCAAGUCAGAACCAAUAUGAAGCGUUUCGCAACCGAAAAGGAUACUUUUCAUUAAACGUACAGAUCGCUUCGAGUGCGCAGUUGAUUAUCCAAGAUGUGGUCGCAAGAUGGCCCGGAUCGACCGAUAAUAGUACCAUCUUUGAAAACAGUCGAUUGAAGCACAGGUGGGAAACCGGUGAAUUUGAAAAUAACUUUCUUUUGGGCAAUGGGUAUGCAGUAAGCAAAUAUAUGAUGACACCCAUCACAAACCCAACAACAGAGGCAGAAAGACUUUAUAAUGAGUCCCAGAUCUCAGGUCGCAAAGUCGUUUCAAAAUGUUUAGAGGUUUGGAAACAAAGAUUUCCGCUGCUGUCCUACGGAAUGCGAAUCCAUAUUGAUACAGCGAAAGUGGUAAUCGUUGCAUGUGCUGUUCUGCACAACAUAGCCAUCCAGGAAAAGGACCCAUUACCCCCAGGCCCUGUUGAUGAAGACCUACCUCCCGAGUCCUUUGAGGAUGCCGAGGCAGUUAAUGAAAUAGUAGAUGACCUCGGUGGUCUUCAUCGAAACAAUUUGAUUAGUACAUAUUUUGAGAGGUGA